AUGGAUCCUCGCGAAGUAGUUGUGUUUGGUGCUGCUGCUGUAUUGUAUUUGAGGAGAAGACGUCGUACUCUGAGAUUUUGGGUUCACGACACCCUCCAGGACCGUUAUCAAUUCGGAGAAUAUCACAGGCUGGUGCAGCAACUGCGGCUUGAUGACGAGAGGUUCCAGCGGCACUUCAGGCUGGACACGGAGCAGUUUGACAGCGUGCUGUCCAAAGUAGGGCCGCUCAUUAUGAUGAAUAGCACCAAUUACCGCCGUGCAAUAUGUCCUGCUGAGCGUCUGGCUAUUUGCCUGCGGUUCUUGUCCACAGGGGACUCCUAUUGCACUAUAGCUGCCAGCUAUCAUAUGGGAGUGAGCACUGUGUCCAACAUUGUCCCCCAGGUCUGCAGGGCCAUUUGGGACUCCAUGGUAAAAGAGUACAUGCCAGUGCCCACCACAGAGGAUUGGCUGAGCAUUGCAGAGGGGUUUUACCAGCGGUGGGCUUUCCCCAACUGCCUUGGAUCCAUUGAUGGGAAACAUGUGGUAAUUAAGGCUCCGGACAAUUCAGGGUCCAUGUAUUUUAAUUACAAGGGGACUUAUUCAGUUGUGCUUCUUGCAGUGGUAGAUGCCCAAUACUGCUUUCGGGUAGUGGAUGUGGGCAGCUACGGGCGGACGAGUGAUGGCGGUGUCCUGGCAAACUCCACUUUCGGCCAGGCACUGCUGGACGGGAAGCUUGGCCUGCCCCAGGAUGCUCUGCUGCCGGGAGCUGAACAUCUAGGACCGCAGCCACAUGUUUUUGUUGCGGAUGAGGCUUUCCCACUGCGCCACAACCUUAUGCGGCCUUUUCCCGGCUCCAACCACUCUGGCAGGCGCAGAGUAUUCAACUUCAGGCUGUCACAUGCUAGGCUGAUUGUUGAGAAUACCUUUGGUAUUCUCACGUCUCAAUGGCGUAUGUACAGAGGAGUCAUUGGGGUCAGCCCUGCAAAUGUGGACGCCUGUGUGAAGGCUACCUGUGUCCUGCAUAAUUUCCUGAGGAGGACCUCCAAGACGCCAACCAGGGCGACUUUACCACCACCAGCUGUGGACAGUGAAGUUGCUGGCCUACAGGCAGUAACUGGGGUGGGCAGCAACAACUCCACACGGGAGGCCAUCCGUGUCCGGGAGACAUAUACCUCCUAUUUCUCCACCGAGGAUGCUGUCAGCUGGCAACACAGAGUAUAA